AUGCUCCUGAGGGUGAUGGUGGACAGGAUGUGUUCUAGUCCUCAUCCGACUGGAGAAGCGAUCAAUCACCUGCUGCUCUACUGCCGUGUUGGGAUCGGCUACCAUCUCCAGAUCCUGCCCAGUGGCUCCGUGGGAGGCGUCCACAAGCCCACUGAGGACUCUUGGCUGAAGGUGUUUGCUAUGAAUCAGGGAGUGGUGGGGAUCCGAGGAGUGAAGAGUGGCUUGUACCUGUGUAUGAGCGCAGCGGGACGGGCUUAUGGAGCGGGGGAGUUUUCUGCCGACUGCCUGCUGAAGGAGAAUCUGGAGGAGAACCACUACACCACCUACUCCUCUCUGUCUCAUCCUGGCAUCUACCUGGCUCUGUCCCACAGGGGAGGCCUCCGGAGGGGCAGCAGUGUGGGCCGCCACCAGGCCUGCACCCACUUCCUUCCUCGAAGAACUCCCUGA